UUUUAUAUUAAUUGUGAUAUUUUGAUUUAAGAAUUUGGCAGCAUCUCAAAUAAGUUGUAAGAAAAAGACUGAUUUUCUGAAGACACGUUUAAAUUAUAUUAAUUUGUUUUAAAAUUAAAUAUAAUGUCUACAUCAAGGAUACCUGAUUUUAACACAGUGAAGGCAAAGGUCAAGGGAUGUCUUUUCAGCAGUACUUUUGUGGCGGAAAGUUUUCGAAGCACUAUGUUUGGCAUAAUAAUAACAGUGACAAUGGGCGAAGUAACUGCCUACAGACUUCUCAAACAGAACAUUAAGGCAGGAGACAUGCCUCAUUAUGUAACAGACUUAUUAAUACUUCUCCUGGCGUUAUUGGAGGCGUUAGUGUCGCCAGUAAUAGGCUGGUUAGGCAGCAGCCGGCAGCGCGGGAUGCUCAUGGUGGCUUGUCUCGUCUCCGGCGCCAGCUCCCUGCUGUGGUUUGCAUUGCCCACCGUCACUGUUCCUGAAAGUAUUGGUUUUUGUAACGGCAAUAACACGUUACCAGAAUUCAAGCAAACUGUUAAUACACCGAUUAGAUUAUCCAUCAUCCUGUACACUUUCCUUGUGUUCGGAGUGACAAGGAUCAUAGCUUUUUGUCAUGGUAUCACAUAUAUGGAUAAUCGAGCGCCUUCUAGAUUAAGCAUGCACUAUGGUGUUCUUACAUCAAUUCGUCUGCUGGGUCUUGCCGUGGGUUACAACAUCAUGACAACUAUCGUGGAAACAAAUCUGACAAUUCAAAUUAUAUUAAUUGCCGUUGGCAUUAUGGUCAAUGCUCUCCAAAUAUAUUUGAAUACUACGAAAACUGCUGAAAUGGAACAGAAAUCUAUCGAGGAUGAUCUAAGUGAGAGUUCACCUUUCGUUCCUAAGGUCGUCAAUAAGUCAAGUGCAGGUUUCAGUUCGAGUGUAUACAGGGUGUUUUCCAACACGUUGAUAACAACGCAGAUGGUCGCCAUGGGUCUGAUAGCGGCUGCAGUCUGGGGCUUCGCUUACCAUCAGACUGACUUUCUUAAGGCCAAGUUCUACAUACAUCUGGAAAGAAAUAAUUUAUUUAACAAUGCUGAAUUAUUACGUAACCACGCUGUCAUUUUGGCAGUUGCGUACAAAGGUUUAACCUUCACGCCGCCGAUAAUGCCGAGUAUCGUCAGAAUGGAUUUGCUGACGCACGCUGCCAAGAUGUGCUUCUUUUCUUUGCUAAUGUAUGUUCUGAUAAGUUUGUCGACGAGCUGCGACACAGGCAGCGUGGCCGGUCUGCAGGGGAACCGCUACACACAGCCUCAGUGCAGUCAGCCUUGCGGAUGCGCGCCGCAAUGGCAGGAGUUCGCGCCGGUGUGCGUGGCUGACCAGAUGACGACGUAUCUGUCUCCAUGUCAUGCCGGCUGCUCUGGUAUACACGAAGUCGACGGCUUGCAAGUUUACGCGAACUGUAGUUGCGCCUCUUUCCGUCGCGCUACAAAAGGCGCGUGCAGCGGAAACUCAUGUGAAGGAGCUUAUCAAAUGCACCAAAUGUUGUACACACUACUCUUUACUUUCGCCGCAUUGUGUUUCCAAGCGCAAGGCACUGUAGUCUUGCGUAUAGUGGAGCCACGCGACAAGUCGGUGCUGCUCGGACUGACCGGAGCCUUCAUAGCUCUCUUUACCUUUGUCUUCGGACAUCUUAUAUUUAUUGGAAUAAGUGGUACGAAUUGUAUUUGGUGGCAAGGUGGUAGAUGUCACCUGCACAGUAAGCAGCAUCCUUACUCUAUGGCUAUUGCCAGUGGUAGCAUGGUACUCUUUGCCUUCAUCAUCACCCUCACCAGUGUCGUCUGCAUCAAGCUGGCGGAGCGACGGCGCGCGAAGAAUACAGAAAUAGAGUUAGUUGUUGAAUCACAAACAUAGAUAUAGCAAACAAAAGACUUAUUAGAUGUAAUAUAUCUUAGGUUAUGUAUGACCCAGUGAUGUUUAGUCAUUUUUAACCGACUUCAAAAAGUAUAUAUUGUUAGGAAAAAAAUCGGCACUGUGUCAGUGUA